GACAUCUUGAUGACGAUGACAUUGACAUUUAAAAUCCACUUUGAUUUGAUAUCAAAAUAUUGAUGUUGUGUUAGUUUUACGAUUCGUGUGAUUUUAAAUCCAUAAAAUGUCUAAAACCCAGACAAUACCUGGAUUAACGCAAAAGAAAGUAUUUAAGAUAAUAGUUCUAGGUGAUUCUGGCGUUGGGAAGACUUGCUUAACGUACAGAUUCUGUGAACAGAAAUUCUUAGAGACAUCGGAAGCCACUAUAGGUGUGGAUUUCAGGGAAAGAAUCAUACGUAUUAAUAAUGAAGACAUAAAACUCCAGCUAUGGGACACAGCAGGACAGGAGAGGUUCCGGAAGUCUAUGGUGCAGCAUUACUACAGGAAUGUUCAUGCCGUGGUCAUAGUGUACGACAUUACCAAGCCUGAGACUUUUCAUUCAAUAGUGAGUUGGAUGGACGAGGUAGAAGCGCAUAGCCUUAUGAACUCUCCACGAGUGCUGGUCGGCAACAAGUGCGACUGUGGCACUCCAGAGUCCAGGCUGGCCACCACAUACGCUCAGCGGCUUGCUGAUAAAUAUGGCAUGCCGUUGUUCGAGACCUCAGCCCUGUUAGACUCUGAAUGUGACAACGUGGAGUCGAUCUUCAUGACUUUAGCACACAAGUUGUACUCCAAACAGCCACUUAGGGUCAUCAGUGUUGAGGGAGAGAACAUGGUGAAUUUGCGACGUCAGAAACGGCAAGCGCAGCCGGGAGACAGCUCGUGUCUAUGUAGUUAGGUUUUACAGGUCAAUCGUCCCGUAUGUCCUGGUGUCCAAAGCAUAAACCGUCUGACGUGUCAUUUGUGUGUAGUAGGUUAGCUCUGUCCAGCUUCAUGUUUGCAUUUCAAUAUUGAAUAGAUUGGUAGUUAGAUGCAGCGAACCAAUCACAUGCGGUGUGGUUGUCGUUGCGUUACGAUAGCGCACUGUGAUUGGUUAACUGCAUGUCACUGCGAAUCGACUCGAUGGUGAGAUGUGAAAUGUAAAUAAUGACGUAAUAUGAGUUAAAUCCAGAUGGGAUCAUGUUAUGUCCAAUAUACAAUGUAAAUAGAAUAUUAUAAUGAAGACUCCACUGCCAAGGUUAUUAUUAUGUUACUCCUUCGUCAAAAGCAGUGAAUCAUGUGAUUUUCGGUCGAUUUCGAAUGCCUUUCUGUCAUUGCAUUUCUGUAAAAAUUUACAUUUCUUUGAUAUAGAAAUAAGGCGCCUAUACACCAGUAAAUGAUUACGUAAGAUUUAAAUCUGUGAGAAACCUAAGAUUAUUGAGGUUACCUCAAGAAAUGGUUUGGUUUGAAAAUGAAAUGGAAUUGUUGAAAGGUUACUCACAGGAAGUAACUUAUUUGUUCAUACAAAAAUUGGCUACCCUAAAUUCUUAGGUAAAACUUCGCAAUGAAUUACUGAUGUAGAUGCCGCCUAACAUUGAGUCGCGAUAUAUAAUAAACAUAUGAAUAUUUAAUAUUAGGAACAAGUCAUAUAAUAAUAAUAAUGCGUUUAUUUCAGGCAACAAAACAAAAUACAUUUAUGGCCCACAUUAAACAUUAAUUAUUAGGACUUAGUCCUUUCCUUUACAUAUAUUUUUUAUAUAUUCAUAUAUGUCUUGACGUCGUCUUUACUUGCCAAAAUUGUAGGCUAGAUAACAAUGGGUAAAGAAUACUCCCUCCACGGGUAGACACGAGACUAACCGCAAUUAGUUGAUUGCUUCAUUCGAUUCAGAAAUCGUAGCAAAGACAAAAGUGACCAUUUUUAAUUCUCUUGUUUGAAAAAAAAAAACGAAAUUGAGACACCCUUACAUACACCGUUUGAGUUAUUUAAAAAAUUAUAGUCAAUAUUUAUUUUUAUUAACAUUCAAUAGUGUCCUGAAUAUUAUUCUAAAAUAAUUAUCUUAUUGCCAUAAAUAACGUUUGCAAAAUUUGUAUUAUUGUGCCCGCGACUUCGCCCGCGUUAAUUUCGUGCGUCCGCUAAUAACUUAUAUUUGUCUAUAUCCCGGGCUCUAAGUCCAAGAAAGGAGGACGUUAUCUAUAACGUAAUAAAUAAAUAUAAUGUAACGUAAGUUUGUUCACGAUCUUAACAAUCACUUGAAUCUAUUCAAGUGAUUGUCAAGAUCGUGAACAAACUUAUAAAUCCUAAAUUAACGGGGUGUCGUUACAUAUAUCGUGAAAGCCUUCACAUUUAAUCGUAUAUUUUGAUACCUACCUACAGUGUACAGAAAAUUAUGUAGUCUAAGUGAGUUAUUUCUAAAAUAUUAAUAAACAUUUGCAAUAUUAGUCCAUCUUACUCAACUACUAAUGCAUGUGAAUUGUUCAUAUUUAUUAAUAUUUUGGGAAUAUUCUGUCAAAUUACGUUAAUAAAAAAAUAUUUUUGUAUUUUCAUCAAUGCUCUUCUAUUUUAUAGAAUUUAUGUCAAAAGAUUAAUUGCAUUUUAUGCCCUAGUCUAGGUUGUAUUUAAUGAUCUCUGUAAUAUAAUUUUUACAAAUUCUAAGUGAUUUAUUUAUCAUUAUGUGAUGUCUAUUUAUUUUCUAGUUGUUGAAACGUGUAAUCCAAUAAUUCAAUCUGUUGUACACGUAUUGUAAUUAGUGCAAUCAAGUAUAUAAAAAAAUGUAAUGUUCGGUUCGAAGUGAAAGAUUGUAGUUUUAUUACGGAAAAAAAUAAACGAAUUUAUCUUAUUCUAUCUAGUAAUUAGAGUUGAAGCGAUUGAUUAUACCGUGCAAGGCCUAUUUAUUUGAUAAAUUUUAUUGCACUAAAUAGUACCUAUAUGAAUUCGUAAUUUAAUUUUCUGCUGUCAACAUUAUGUCCUAUUAAAACAGUGAAUUAGGUAAUAUUUCUAAUUUUUUGUCUCUAUUGUAAGCGAUAAUAUUUAAAAUGAGAUACAGAUUAUAAUAUACUUUAUUGUUGAUGA